CCCGUCGUUGUUUUUGAGGGGCUGGAUGCCACAGGCAAAACCACUGUAACCCAGUCUGUUAAGGACACCCUGAACGGCGUUCUGCUAAGGUCCCCACCAGCUUGCAUCAGCCAGUGGAGGACAAUAUUUGAUGAUGAGCCAGCACCCGUUAAAAGAGCAUUUUAUGCUGCGGGCAACUACAUUCUUGCCUCAGAAAUAGCGAAAGCAUCCACUCAGGCACCUGUGAUCAUAGACAGAUACUGGCAUAGCACAGCUGCCUACACAAUUGCCACUGAAAUAAAUGGGCAAGUCCAGGAUCUUCCACCAGCUCACGAUGAGGUGUACCAGUGGCCUGAGGAUCUGCUUAAGCCUGAUCUUGUUCUUCUCCUGACUGUUGACCCUGAGGAGCGAGUCCGGAGACUUCAGCAUCGGGGGCUGGAGAAAACCAAGGAGGAAGCUGAGCUGGAAGCUAACAGCUUGUUUCGCCAAAGAGUUGAAGAGUCAUACAGAAGGAUGGUGAAUCCUGCAUGCCAAGAGGUCGAUGCCAGCCCCUCCAAGGAAGAGGUUCUCAAGACAGUGCUACAACUAAUUAAGAAACACUGUGCUUUGUGA